UUUAAACGUAUGAUGCAGAUGUGGCCUUUAUCCUGCCACAACUCUUUCAUACUUGUGGCUUUGGAAGAUACAAGUUAAGUUGCAGAGUGGGUAUCUGGGCAGAGAGUACUUUCACAUGCUCUCUGUCCUUCAUCCCUUAAGUACUUACUUCAUUAUUCGGCUCUCCCAAGAAACAUAAAAUGUGAACUUAUUUCCUCUAGCUAUAAAUUACAUAUUCGAGUUGCAGCCACUCUUAUGCACCUUAACAUCAAAAGAGCAGAGAAAUCUCCUAUCUUGCAGGCCAAUUCUGGAUACAAGGAUACAUUUUUAUCACACUUGAUAUUUAAAUGACUAGAUAAAAUUUGGCUGAGAGCAUUUUAUCACUUUAUAAGUCAGAUUCUGAACGUUUACCACAUUUAUCACACAUGCGCCUUCUCCUGAGUUAAUCAUUUUAUUCUGCUGUAUUCUUCCUAAUACUCUUUCUAUGCUCCUGCUCAUUAAUGUUCAGUGACUUCAAAGUGUGAGAGUUAAUUGCUCUUAGGGGAUGGGCAAUACUCCCCCCUUUUCUGCAUGCUUAAAAAAAAAAGAAAUCACACAGUUGACAGUCCUGGUAUAAUUUCAGAAUGCCAUUUUCUUUUGUGCUUUUCCAUCAAAUAUCUAAUUUUUGCAUUUUUCUUUCCCCCCUGUGCUUCAUUUGUCCGCCCCUCUGUCUAUUCCUGCAAUACGGUCAGUUUGCUUCAUUGUCUGUUUCUUUUUCUGCUGUAGCUAGCUUGAUACUUUACAUCCCAAAUGAGGAGCAUUUGUCCCUCCAGAUGUUGCCAGACUACAACUCUUAUCAUCUCAUGUUUCAAUCCUUUUUAAUAUUUUAUUUUUAAAUUGUUGUAGCCCACCUGGGCCUCAACAUGGAGAAAUCAAAUAAAUAAUAAUGUUGAUAUGUGGAAAAGAUAACCAGAAAUGCAAUCUGUUGGGAGGAGACUUUAAUCCACAAAUUAGUUAAACUUGGUGUCCUUAGAUUCAACUAUUGGCUCCAUUCCUCAAUGGCUGUAUUUGCAUAUCACUGUAAACUAUGGUUAAUGGUUUGACAAACAAAUUUCAUCGUGAAGCCAGGUAUUGGUUGCUGCCUUGCCAAUUAUGGUUUGAGUGAAACAAACCACAAUUCUCAGUUCAUGCAUAAGACUAAGUCAGAGAUUUUGGCUUGUUGAUCACACACGGAAAAAAUGAAAGUGCAUGUGAUAUCAACAUUAUUGAUAGCAAAAUGGGUGGCUUUUCCUACAGCCUUGGCAGGUGCAUCUAUUGUACAUGCUGCAUCUGAAGAGGAACCAGAAUCUCGUCGCAUGAAGGCACAUCAGCUUCCUAUUUAUAAUGCACCACCUCUUAAUUCAAGAUACAUUGAUGAAAAGCCUGGCCGCUUGCAAAGUAGGAUUUCAUCAGUAAGAAACACAACAAGUUACUAUGUCAAUGGGUGCAAGGAUGCUUAUCUCUUUGUCAAAAAUGGGAUAAUAUCAUCUGUACAGUUUGGAAAAGAUGCCUAUGUUUACCUGAAGAAUCCACCUCCAGAAUUCCUUCCUAAAGUUGGUGUGAUUACAGUUUCAGGACUGACUGGGCUAGUCCUUGCAAGAAAAGGAUCUAGAUUUAAGAAGAUUUGCUAUCCCUUUGGACUCUGCACAUUGGGCAUAUCUGUUUGCUAUCCAGCUCAGUCAGUAAUUAUUGCAAAGGUAAUAGGUGGAAAGGCCUAUGCUGCAAGCCAGAAAACCUAUGAAGCAAUAGGACCGCUAUGGACCAAAAAGUCCACUACGGAAGUUCUACUCACCCAGGAUAAAGAUACUCAGCAAGUACUUGGAGCAGUUCCAGGAACAGACCAUAUUGUCUCAGAAGCUCGGAAGAUAGCCCUUGAAUCAGAAGAAAAGGUGAAAUCAUCACAAAUGCAAUUUCAUGCAGAGAAGACACUUCCACAGACAGAUUCUGUUCCUUUGAUAGCUGAAGCGAAACCACCAAGUGUGAGAUCAGAUGUGAUGAAGGCAACAAAGUUUAAACCAGACCCCAGCCUCAUGGACCAUGGCCAGUCCAGCCCAGAAGAUGUGGAUAUGUACAGUACCAGAAGCUAACAGAGCACAAACUCCCAAAAAUUUUGGAUUACAAUAAUGAUGGGACAUUAAAAUGGGGAACGUUGUGAUCUAUAUGGUGGUAUUUGAUCAGGUAAUUCUUCAACCUGAUCUUUAACUGCACAGCCAGUUCACUCACCCUUCCUUUCCACUUAUCAUUUUUUCCCCUAUUACUUAUUGCUACAAGUGUUCUUUUAAUUUUUGGAAAUCACGAGACAGCCAAAGGGUUUCAGAUGAGAUUGUCAUUGUGAAGCUGGCUAUUAAUGUAAAUCACUUGGAGAAACAGAUUUCUGUGCCACUCCUGCACAGAUAAUGAAGUGAUAAUGAAAAGAGAAAUAUUUAAACUUCUUUUCCUUGGGCUUAUCUUUAGUCCAGGAGAUGUGGCUGCUCAACACUGUAGCACUUUGCUAAUAUGCUGGCCUUUAACAACUUGCUGUCAUUGAGAAAAAGGGGGAAACAUAUUGAUAAUUAUAGUUUAUGGAUAUAUAGGUAUAUAUAUAAUUAAAAAUGCAUUUCCCAAACUGCUUGCUGUGGAGGUGUUUUGGUAGCUUCAUACAGGACAUGAAUUUUCAUCUGCUUUCUACAGUCCUUGUGUAGUGGCGAAGCGGGAAUUUGCAUAUAAACCCAGCAGAUGAUACCGAGGCUAUGUUCGCAGUUGUGAACGCAGGUAUCUUCCUAUUUCUCCACUUCCAGCCUCUGGGGCUGAUUAGUCCUGUCAGGUUUUUUAUUUGACCUCAAUUCCACUUUGGCCAAGUCACAUCCAUCUACUCUAUUCCUGAUACAAAAUCGGAUGAAGUUGUGCCUGAGCCAAAAAGAUCUACCAAAGAGAGCCAGCCAAAAAAGGCAUACAGGAUUAAACAACAGGGUGCUUCUGAGCACAUUCUGAGCCAACACAUUUGUUUUUCAUACUAAAACUGAAGUGAGCGCACAAUCCUUUCACACACAAUGCCACUCCUGGUUAGCUUUCUGCAAUGCAACAGCCUAACUUGGGGUGUCAUUUUGUCAUUGCUAUAGUUAAAAUAGUUGCUGAAACUCUAGCUGAUCUACUGAAAAGUCACUCUGGGGUCUACUAGUAGAUACUGAUCUACUUUCUGCCGCCCCCUGCUUUAUGUGGGUACUGGGACGUUGCCUUGGUUCUCCAGUAUUGGUGAUAUAGCAACAAGCCAUGUGACACAAAUGUCAUGAUACUGCUUUGGGUAAGGGUAGGAAAAGUGCAAGACCACAGGAACAUAGGAAGCUGAGUCAGACAAUAUGGUCUCUCUGGUUCAGAUUGUGUACUCUGGUUGGCAAAAGCUAUCCAGGUUUCAGACAAGUGUGUUUUCCCAGCCCUACCCAGAAAAACUGGUGAUUGAAUCUCUGGCUGUAUGCAAAGCCUGUGAUUUUAAUGGUAAUACCUAAAAUAGGUACAGUUUUUUAAAGUGUAUCAUGCAUUCUCUAGUUGUAACCUUUAUAAACAGGCAAGACACUGGAAAUCGGGGGACUGAGGCUGAGAGAGAAUGGUUUGUCUAAGGCAGCCUUUCCCAGCUUGGCAUCCUCUGACUUGGAGGCACCAGGAAUCGAGUCUGGGACUUUCUGCAUGCAAGGCAGGUGCUCUUUCCCACAAAGUCCUGUUCUUCCUUCUGGGCACAAGCUUGUACAUGCUCUAAUACACUAGGGCACCAGCUAUUUUUGUAUUUGAAGAAAAGCAAGAGGUUUCCUGGCCAGGCCAGUACAUUAUGUCCCACCUGUGUUCUUUCUCCAUAUGAGUCACCAGUUGAGUAUACCUUUGCUUAAACUGAUCCGUAAGAUUCAGGCUGCAUUUGAAGUGUUGUACAUCCAUGUGAAGAAAAAGUAAAGCAAUUUAUCAAAGUCA